AUGGCCUAUACCUGGGAUAACAGAGUUGCUUUCGUCGUGAGAUACCUUUACGAUAUCGACAACAACGGCUACCUUGACUCACACGACUUCCAAUGUCUCGCUUUGCGGACGUGUGUCCUCGAAGGCAAAGGUGACUGCAGUGCGGCCCGGCUUCAGAAAUACCAGAACAUCAUGAUCAACCUCUGGGAGGAGAUCUCUAGGCUCGCUGACUUCGAUAAGGUGCCAGACUAUGACGGCACAGUUUCGGUAGAAGAAUUUAAGCAAGCUGUGAAAAACACCUGCGUCGGAAAGAAAUACGAAGAUUUUCCCCAAGCAAUGAAGGCGUUUAUCGAAACUAACUUUAGGAUGAUAGACAUCAAUGCUGAUGGUCUGAUGGGGAUUGAGGAGUUCCGUUAUGACUGCAUUCAACGUAUGGUCGUGGAAGACAUUAAAGUGAUUGAUGAUGCCUACAACUCAUUGUUAAACGAUGACGAUAGAAGAAAAGGUGGCAUUUCCUUAUCGAGAUAUCAAGAACUCUUCGCACAAUUCUUGGCUGACCAGAACGAGAACUGCCCUGCCAGCCUACUUUUCGGCCCAUUAGAACUUUAA